AACGAGAGCUAACUCUUUACUCAAAGAUUUCAACGUCGAUAAAGUAAAACAGAUAAUGAAAUUGUCACGUUCUUAUUAUAAAUAUUUUAUGAUAUCAUCGUGAUUUUUUAAUCAACAAACGUUUAAAUCGUCCCGCUAAAGAAAACAUUUUAUAAUAAAUUUCGUUGUUUAUAAAUUCAUACGAAACCUCUUAAAAUAAAGUUACUUUUGAAAUUUUGUUGAAGCAAGAAGAGAAAUGUCAAAAAAGGAUUCAUCUCAAAAGUUUUUCACGUUACGUUUUAAUGAUGGUGAUAAUGGUGAUGAGAAAACAGUUAAAAUACCUGUAAAGAAAGGAAAAAUUUUGAAAGAAUCCUUGGGUGCAAUAUUUACUGGACAAAAACUAUCAUUUGAUACACAUAGUGUUUUUCUGGAUACUUCAAAAACUCCACUUCCACAAGGAACAGAUACAUUUGUAUUAGGAGGACAUAAUCUACUUGUAAAAGAAAAUGAUGAAGUUGAUGAGAGAAUAAAAAAUUUAAUGAAAGAAGAAAAUAAAAAAUCUCAGGAUAUUAACAAACGUUUUUUGGAUUUACUUGAUCGGUUUUCAACAUAUGGAUUUGAAGAUGACAUUGAAAAUAAAGAUUCAAAAAAUGACUUUUUCCUUGAAAGUGCUUGGAAUGAUGUUGUUGAUAUUCCUCACAGUGAUGAAAAUAAAAGAUUGUUGAUACAACAGCAAUCUAUUUUUGAAAUUUUUACAACAGAAGUUGGAUAUAUUAAAGAUCUUGAAAUUAUAAUUAAAAUCUUUAAAAGAUGUUUGGAUCUACUUCGAAAAGAUGGUUAUCUAUUAGAGGUUGAACCAUAUGCAAUUUUUGCAAAUAUUGAAGAAAUCUACAAUGUCAAUGUCACUUUCUGGAACAGUCUUAAACCAGCUCUUGAAAACGCUCGUGCUACCAAGAUAGCUUUUAAAACUAACAUAUUGCUAAAAGCAUUUGAAAAAUUUGAAAUUCUAUUUCAACCUUAUAUUGAGUUUUUUAAUGAAGAUCCCUGUAACAAGAAGUACCUAAUUUACUCUGAGCAAACAAAUUUAUUACUCAAACAAUAUCUAUCUUGGUGUGAUGCCCAUGAGAAAUGCAUGCGUCUAAAGCUUUCUGGAUUUCUUAUCAAACCUUUGCAGCGAAUUACAAAAUACUCUUUGUUGCUGAGAGCAGUUCUCAGUAAAACUGAUGAUCUCAAUGAUAAAGCAAUGUUAGAAGAAAUGAUGUCGAGAGUAGAAACAUUUGUUUCAAAAAUUAAUGCUGCUGUUCAUUUAAGACAGGAACAGGAAAAAAUUUUAAGCAUAUUGGCAAAGUUUGAUACCUAUAAUCCGAUGGAAGCAGUACCAUGCAGUGAUGAAGUUGAAAGAUUAGCAACAGAAUUUUGUAAUUUGGAUUUAAAAGCAUCUAUUCCUGGGCUUCCUUCUCCGAGUCAAAGAUUUAUUAUAAAAGAUGGUCCAAUGAAAAUUGUUGAUAAACAGGGAAAGAAAGAGGUUCAAGUCUUUCUUUUCACCGAUUUGUUGGUUGUUACAAAAUUAAAAAAAAAGAUUGAUCGAUAUAGAAUCAUUCGUCCUCCAUAUCGUCUUAAUAAAAUUGUCAUCAGGGAUAUCAAAGAUUCCAACUCUAUUUUAUUUGUUUAUCUUAACGAAUAUGGUGUUUUAUCAACAGCAUUUAUCUUACAAACUUCAGUAGGUGAACAAGAAAAGUGGAAAACAGCUGUUUUAGAUGCAAAAGAAAAAUAUCAAAGCUCCAGAAUGACAUAUUUUAAUAAUAUCGAGCUUUUAGACGAAGAGCUUCCCGAUUCUCCAAUUAUACAAAAUUUAAGUAAUCGAAAAAGCGUUAAACCUACUCCUUCAGUUGACGCUUUAGAAAAUAAAAAUAGUAAUGAAGAUUUUCAAUGGAGCAAUAUAAAACUUUUUGGCAUUGUUACUUUUAUAUGUAUAGUUAAUAUUGUGCUUUCGAAAAUAUUAUAAUUUAAAAUAA